AUGCUGAGUGAGCUUGGCAGGUACGAGCCUUAUGGCAAAGUAUUUCUAGAAAACAAACCUCAUCUGGGCCAAGAAUCCAACGCAAAUCCCGUCAUUGACUUUUCAGCCAUCGAUACCAUGGACAAUAAAACGAUACCACCACCAAAGACAAUGCACAAGCUAUUCAGCGUCAAAGACAACACUACUAUAGAUGUGGGCGACCGCCUAGAUGAACGAAAUCUGUAUGAUAAUGGCAAAUUAUACAACCCAGCGUUGCAAUUGGAGCAAGAGGUCUAUGUCAGAGGAUCGACAGUGGUGUGGAGUCGAGCUGGCUGUGUGAUCAAGACAUUUGAUUAUAGUGCAGAGAUCCAACCGAUCCAACAAGUCUUGUUUGCAUGGUUCCCAGUAACAUCAGCAUUCUUCAAGAAUGAUCCUACCAACAAACCUGCCAUCGACGCUGUAUUGAACGACUUUGAAGGUGACAAGUACUUGGUAGAAGGCUACUGGGACAAAAAGGGACCUCAGUCUAUCAUCAACCUCAAGAACGCUGCAACGGCCAAAGAAGAAGACGCAGAGGAUGAAACAGACCCAGUGAAGCAACUGAGACCCUUGAACAAUAUACCCGAAAUCGAAGAGAAAGACGACUCUUUGCAACGACGCACAUUAUGUAUUGUGUUUGAAGACUGUAUCAAGCUACACUGCGAAGAUGGCAUCCACGUUACUGCUCAUAUACCCUUUGAAAUUGACCAUGUAGUGCCGCUAGAUAUGGGUGUUCUGGUCAGUCGAAAGUACGUUCCUGACAAGUGGAAGAAAUCAGCCGGCCGUCCUCGAUCACACAGUAUCACCAAUCUGGCCACACUGGCAGCUGGCGUGAAGAAGCCACCAUCUCCUGAAGACACUUCUUCCUUUUUUGUCACUGUCACCCACCCAUUGAAAGGCGCCUGCCCUGUCAAAUCCAAGGAUGUCCAUCACAAUGGCAUCUCCACAUUGCCUGAACCAUUGACAAGCCCACAGCGAUUGCUGUUUGCCACCACUAAAGUGUCAGAUACUGGCCGCUUACCCGUCAUUGUGACAUUGAACAUCAAAGAGAAUAGACACUACAUUUGGACCUAUGAACGACGCAAAGAGAAGAACCAGCAAACAAUACCAGCACCAGCUAACAUGAUACCACCUGUCAAACGUAAGCCGCACCAAAGCCAUGCCGCACCUACCAUACGAAAAAAGUUCAAACCCGGAGCUCCGCCCAAUGUUAGUCGAAACAAAAAGCAUCAGCAUCACCAGAAGAUAAGCUCGCCUUCACGAUCACAUGCUCAGUUUCAUGAAGACUAUGUAUCAGACGAAGAGGUGCUGCAUGCAAAUGAAGUAGAGAAAGAUAUUUACAACGAAAUGCUGGAUCCUAGUGAGAUUUCGCUUCGAUUGUUAUGGCGAGAACCAGCCUACAAGAUGCCAGUCAAACUGAAAACAAGCAGAAAGGUUAACUCGGAGGCAUUUUUGAUUCAUGAUUUGAAUGGUCAAGAGCUGAUUUGCAUAGUUAAUCAUUCCAUGGGGCAUCUUCAGGUGAUUAAUCUGGGUAAAGCCACGCAUCUAGUGAGUAAUUGCAUUGAGAUGAAGAUACCAGCAAAAUCUGCCGUUCCUAUUAAUGCCACGCGCGACGGCUACAGCGAUCUCCUGUUCCUGGACGCCUCCAACAGACUGCAACUCUUUAUUGACGCUUCCAUGAAGCGCAUUCCCCUGAGAAUGUCCGGUAGUGUCACCGAACUGAUUGAUCCGGUGUAUGAUCGCUUUACUGCUGUUACUGAAAAAGGCAUGAUACGAUGUCAGUUGCAUGGUCGCCCUGAUACGUCGCUUGUCCGAGAUUGCUUUGCUGCCAUUGACUGUGCCAACACGCUGUAUUUUCCAAAGAUACUGGCUCGAUUCUUGUCGCUGCAAGAAACACCUCCAGAUGAUGAUCGUAUCUGUAUCAGCGAGUGGGAGAACUUUUUUGUAGCUCUUUUAUCGUUUCUACGCGUGCAGAAGCAAGGCUAUUAUUACCGCGAACCUAAUUUCAAGAGUAUUUCGUCUCGAGAAACCCAAUUACAACAGAUCCGCGCCUCCAACAGCGACUUUUUGACGAACGAGCUUGGAUUUCCCUCGGCCGCAGCUGCUCAUCACUUUGAUUUUCUCUUGGAUGAAAAUUAUUUCAAGGGCAUUCCUACACGAUGGAUUGAUCGCGUGGUGCAUACUAUUUCAGACGAUGCCACCAUGGAUAUCUCAGUGUUUAUUGAAAUUGUCAACAGUUUGCACGUGGUCUAUGAGGAUUAUCGUAUCAAGAAAUCAAUGAUAGUGCAUGCAAAUACGCUUGGCUAUCUAUUGAUGCAGUGCGCCAUCAUUCUCAAGAACCAAAACUACAUUGACUACUAUGCAAAUCUGGGCAUACAGCCUUCGUUUACUGGAAAUUUGCAUCUUGUAGAUAAUCCCAUUGUCGAUGAAAUCUUUACGGAACCCCCAAACAUUCAAGUCUGCUUGCGACAAAUGACACCUUACACCACAUCGAAUCCCACCCUGUUGAGUUCUUUUGGCGUAAACACUCUGGAAACGUCACUUGGCCAUUGCUUGAAUACAUAUGCCAAAACCAUCAAGGAAUUGUGGUCUUUGUACGGCGCAAUCAACCAUGUGUCUGGCGAUAAAAGCCUGCUGCUGGAACGCAUGAUUCUCCACCGUAUUGCGCGCAAGGACAUUGGCCUCCUAAUCGACUCUCUGGCAACACCCAUUUUGAACGUGCUGGAUGACCUCAAAGCAAACCCUUUAGUGCAUUGGACCAAGGAGGCGUAUAACAUCAUUGGCAGAGACGAUAUCUAUCAACAGCUUCAAAUGAAGAUAACAGUGUGUGACCCCAACACCGAUACGUUCAAGCUGCCCUUUUUAAAGGCAAGAUAUAGACAUGAUUACUAUCAAAAUACACUAUUCUCACACCUCUGGCAGGAUUCUGAUCACCCUCAAAACAUGAAUACCAUGAUGAAAGAUUACUCUGCAACGCCUGUCGUCAAAUGUGUCUAUGAAUCCGAUGUUCUCAACAUGGAAACAGAACGUCUUCGAUUCGGCUUUGGUGGUUUUAUAGAAAAAGUACGCAUCAUGUUGGACGCGACACGUAUACCAGAUCAUAUAGUAGUGGAGCUGCCUGAUCUGAGUGACGAAGACUUGGCGGUAGAACAUCAAUCCCAGGUGGCCAUGCUGGUCCAGCGCACACUGUCUCUCGCAGCAGGUCGUGCCAUUUAUGCCUACGGUACACAUGUUCCUGAUUUGACCAAGGCGCUGCCCUCAGAAGCCAUCAAUUUGUCUGCUAAAAUCUUGCCCUUGCGUACAGUGGUGACAGUGGACGACUCUCAGUGGAGCAAAGAGUUUUUGCACUGGCCCCAAUUCCACAAUGGUGUUGCUGCUGGUCUAAGAAUAUCACCGAAUAAUCAGUGCAGUGAUUCCUGGAUUGACUUUUGUGUACCUCAAGAACUGGACCCUCAAAGCGGUGGCAUCCUCUUGGCUCUUGGCUUGAACGGCAUUUUGAAGAAGCUGCCUCUUGUGCAUUGGUAUCGCUUUGUGACGCAGCAGUGCGAUCUUGUCAAUGUUGGAUUCAUCCUGGGGGCUGCAGUUGCGUACAGAGGCACCAAGGACAUCAAGGUCACCAAAGUCUUGAGCGUGUAUAUCCCAGCACUGCUGCCGCCUGAAUCUGCUUCAUUUAAUCACUCUAAUUCGAUCCAAGCAACUGGUCUGCUAAGCAUGGGAUUGGUCUACAUGAACUCUUGCGAUAGACUCAUGGCGUCUAUCAUGCUGCGUGAAAUUGCCAAGCAUGCUUACACUGACCCGUCUACCCUGGACGCAGAUUAUGAAGGCUGUGCUCUGGCUGCUGGCUUCUCUCUGGGUUUCAUGACACUAGGGCUGGGUGAGAAUGCGUUGCCGGUGGUGGAUCCUCAACUGCGAAACAAACUUCACAGCUUGAUGACAGGAAGAGCGUCCGAAGAAGCGACCAGUUCCAUUAAUCUAGAUGUCACCUCUCCUGGCGCUACAGUAGCACUGGCGUUGAUGUAUCUCAAGACUGAGAAUAGCCGUGUGGCAGAAGGCAUUGAGCUACUCGAGACGAGACCCUACUUGAACUAUGUGCGUCCUGAUUUCCUGUUGAUGCGUGUGGUAGCCAAAAACUUGAUCAUGUGGAGCACCAUUCAGCCUACUUCGGCCUGGAUUGAUGAGCAGUUGCCAGACUUUUUCAAUGAGGACAUGACGGAUGAAAACUCUUCUCUGGAUGUUGAGGUCUGCAAGCAAGCUAUGAUCAACAUCAUCUGUGGUGCCUGUUUGUGUAUUGGCUUGCGUUUUGCUGGUUCCAAGAAUUCUACGGCCUUCCAAACCCUGUUGAAUCGCCUGGACGCUCUGAUCAAGGAGCUGAAUCUGCCUGGAUCAACACCACAGCAACGAGUAACCAAAUGUGUUAUACGAACUGGCGUAGAUGUGCUGUGUACAGCAGCAGCAAUGGUGAUGGCUGGUACAGGCGAUCGAGAACUUUUGCAGCGCUUGGAACAGCUGCACCAUCGAGUGACAAGCGACAUGACCUAUGGUAAUCAUAUGGCUGUUUCCAUGUCGUUGGGCCUACUCUUCAUGGGCUUGGGUGGCUAUACACUGACAACUUCCAAUGAAGCAAUUGCUGGUCUACUGUGCGCUUUUUAUCCCUUCUAUCCAAUGACAACUGGAGACAACAGAUAUCAUCUGCAAGCAUUUCGCCAUUUAUGGGUAUUGGCUGUGGAUUCACGUUGGCUGAUGCCAUUUGAUGUUGGCAACAAGAAACCAUGCCGAGUUCCCAUGAAGCUGGAGAUAUACAAUGAUGACGGAGAGGGCAAAGUACGGCAAGUGCGCAUUGAGGCGCCAUCUGUUGUACCUGAUUACAAGCUCAUCAAGUCGAUCAAACUAGACGGUGACAGAUAUUGGCCACUGUCAGUCAACAUGUUACAUGAUGGCAAAUACCAAAACUCAAUCAUUAAAUCAGGCGUCAUUUUCGUCAAGCGAAAAGACAAAAAGAAGAGCUAUGAAGAAGAUCCCUAUGGUAAACGGAACCUGACAUGGAGAUAA